CUUCGCCGCCAUCUCGGCGCGGUCCCCUCGGCGGCGCGUCCGGCGGCUCUUAAAGCGGGCACGGCCCGCGGUGGGGCCCCCUCGGCGCGGGAUGGAGCGCGCGGCGGCGGAGGAGCCCCCUGCCCAUGGCUGUGGGCGGGGGGGUCGCCCCCGUGCCCCCGAGGUGCUGCGGCGGCAGCGGCGCCGGGAGUUGGACGCGCGGCGGAGCCGCUGCCGGAUCCGCAUCGGGGGGCACCUGGAGCGCUGGUGCCGCCUCAAGGAGCAGCUCGGCUUCGCCCUGCACUCCCAGCUGGCCCAGUUCCUGCUCGACAGGUACAGCGACCCCGGCGGUGCCAGGAGCGCAGGGUCUCCGGAGCCGGGCCAGCUGCCGGCAGCGUCCCUGCAGCGCCUGGUGGUUCUGUCCCACGGGCACGGCCAGGAGUGCGGCUUCGUGCCCGACGUGCAGCCACGGGCGCCGGGCAGCGCCGCCCCGCUGGUCUGGGAGUGCCUGGCCGGGCACAGCUUCUCCUGGGGGGGCCCUGCCAGCCCCCCCCGGGACCCCCAGCCCGGCCAGCAGGGCCAGGAUCCCCCCCCAGCACCCAGAGCACGAAGGGGAACCCCGGACCAGGAGCAGGAGGAGCAGGAGGAGGGCACGGCCGGGUCACCCAGUGGGGACAGCAGGGCAGGAGGGGGGCACAGCGGGGCUGGGGGAACAGGUGAGUGCCCUGGGCCCCAGGUGCCCCCAGAGCCGUGUCCCGUGGCAGCAGCGGGUGGGAGCCCCCAGCCGGAGCAGAAGGAGCAGCAGGAACAGCAGAGGGGGGCUGAGCCCCAGGGGGAGAAGGAGAAGGAGGAGGAAGGUGAGGAGGAGGAGGAGGAGGAGGAAGGAGAGGAGGAGGAAGAUGACCUGGCCUACAGCGAUGACCUGAGGGACCAGAGCUACCACCCCUCCCCGGGCAGGUGA